CGCUCCUGAGCCGCGGGCCUUCGUGAAUCUAUGCUGCUGCGCUCUGGGGCCUGUGACUGGCAUCUCCCUCCACCGGAAAGGGUGGGCGAAGGGAGCUGCUGCAUCCGGCGAUCUGUGUCACAGCGGCCCCGGAACAGUGGGAUUAGAUUUUCUGAGGCGGAGGGUCAGGCAGCGACUGCGGCGCACCGAGGCCCGCGGGGACGGAUCGGUCGCCCCUGCAGUGGUCCAGAGGCUAUCACUAGCAGAGUGCCCUGUGCGGCCAGCGUGCGAAGAUAUGGAUCACAAACUUUCACAGUUGAUAGAGGAGCUCACAACGUCAGGAGAAACCCAACUGAAUGCUCAGAAAAUGAAGGAACUGAAGAAAAUUUGCAAAUCGUGGAUGAGCUCUUCACCAGGUCUCAUCAGUUCCGGGUGCUGCUUGUUUCUGACUUCCAGGAAUUCCUGGAGCUCACACUGGGCACAGAUAAUGAGCAUCCCCUGCCACCCCCACGGGAGGCAGCUCAGAGGCUAAAGCAGGCAGCCAUGCAGGCUGUGGAAGGUUGGAAUGAGAAGUUUGGGGAGGCCUAUAAGAAGCUAGCCUUGGGCUACCACUUCCUAAAACACAUCAAAAAGGUGGAUUUUCGGGAUGUCAAUGCUAGGUCUUUGGCAGAAAGGAAGCGAGAAGAGGAGAAACAGAAGCACUUGGAUAAAAUCCACAAAGAAAGUGCUGAACGGGCUAAGAGAGAAAUGGAAGAAAUGUCUGAUGAAAUUGGAUACAGCCUGACAGAAGUGGAGAACUGCUUUAAACUGCUCGUGCCCUUGGACUUUGGCCCAUACCCAGAGGAUAAAUUCUUUGCUGAGGCAUCUGGCAUAACAGAGGGCCAUGUUCCUUGUGUCUUGAGCCCAGACCUGGCAACUUCUCGUGAGUCUGGUCUCCCUUUAUCUCAGAAUGAAGAGCAGCCAUGCUGUAGCAAGGACCUGGUUGACUCUGCAUACCAUGUAGGAUCUGCUGUUGGUCUGAAGGCACUGACCCUAACAGCCACACAAGACCCCUCCAGGGAUGAGGAUGAGCACUGUGACCCGGAGGAGUUCCUGAGGAGCCAUGGGCUAGGAUCGCACAAGUACACUCUGGAUGUGGAACUCCCCUCAGAUGGUCUGAAGGUGCAAGAGAAUGAAGACAACCUUGCUGUUCUCCAUGCUGCUAGAGAUUCGCUCAAACUCAUCCAGAACAAGUUUCUGCCAACUGUGUGCUCCUGGGUCCAGCGGUUUACCCGUGCAGGGAUCUACAGCGAACACUUAAAGCAGGCCAUAGACCUGAAAAUGAAAUUGGAGCUUGCUCUGAAGAAGUGUGAGGAACUGAGCAUCAAGCCUGAGAGAGAGCCGAGGAGUGGGACAGAAGCCCUGGAGGACAGCGAGGAUGAGGACCAGGACUUUGUGGAAGUCCCAGAGAAAGAAGGUUAUGAACCUCGAAUCCCUGACCACCUCCGGGCUGAAUAUGGGCUGGAGCCGGGGGCCCCACUGAAGACUCUAGAGAAAGGCACAGCUGUGUGCAGCUUACAGGAGAGGACAAGGAUGAGAAAGGAAGAGGAGGCAUCAGACCCCACCUCUGCAGCUGCCCAGCUGUUGCGGCUCCAGGAAUGCUUGCCAUCCACCUCAUCCUCCUCUCCCGGGGUACCUCUGGGGCCAGAGGAAGCCCAGAAGCAGGCAGAGUGGGCCCGAGCACCCAUUGUACCCUUCGGAGUGGACCUGUGUUACUGGGGCCAGGAGAAGCUAAUGGCUGGAAAGAUCCUUAAAUCUGACUCUCAACACCGCUUCUGGAAACCCAGCGAGGUAGAGGAGGAGGUGGACAGUGCCCAUGUUUCUGAGAUGCUGCAUAGCCGACACAUUACCUUUGCAGGGAAGUUUGAGCCUGUGCAGCACCAGUGCCGGGCCCUGAAGCCUAAUGGCAGGCUCUGUGAGCGCCAGGAUCGGCUAAAGUGCCCGUUCCAUGGGAAGAUCAUCCCCAGAGAUGACAAGGGGCAGCCCCUCAACCCAGAGGACAGAGCCCGUGAACAAAGGCAGCAGUUUCAGCAGCAGCAGGCACAUCCAGGUUGGCAGGAUCCUGAGUUUAUGAAGGAUGUGGAGGCAGCCACAGGAGUGGACCUCGGCUCGUCCAAGUAUAGCAAAAAGGGCAAAGGGAAAAAGAAGAAGCACCCCAACCUCACUGACCUGCGAGAGCGUGCCAACACCAGCCGGGCCCGCCUGGAGAAGAAGGUCUUUGCCAAGGCAGCCGUGCAGAGAGUAGUUGCUGCCAUGAACCAGAUGGACCAGAAGAAACAUGAGAAGUUUGCGAACCAGUUUAAUUAUGCACUGAAUUGAAGGGUGUGGGGGAUGUGCUGUGGUCCCCUUUGGCCUUCAUCUUACUAGGAUAGGUGAAUAGGGUUAGGUCUGGGUAAAUCAGAAUUUGUCUUUUAUGAGUGUAAGUAACAAUGGAAAAUGAUACAUUAGGGUGCUCUACAGGAGGCCAGGGAAUGUAGCUUAGUGGUAAGGCCAGAAUAUGGGUCCAACAAUUUUAACCAUGCAUAUGGCACCACACCUGUAACCCCAGCACUUGGGGUCAUAAGCAGGACUGUGAGUUCCAGGCCAGUGUGGAUUGGAAAGGCUGCUUGAAAAGCAGCAAAAAGCUGUAUGAGGUGGUGUACACCUGUCAUCCUAGCACUUCGGAGCCAGAGCGGAGAAUCAACACAAGGUUAAAAACUAGCCGAGUAUACGUAGUCAGUUACAGGCCAGAAGACUUCAUAAGGAGGGUGUGUUUCUGGGGGCGGGAGCCCCUCAGCAGAGCCUACAGAAUUGGAGUUCAGGGGUCAAGGCAGGUACCCCAUCUGGUUGCAGGUCAGGCCUUGGGCAUAAGUGUGUCUCCAUUAGGGCUAUGUACUUAUGACGGCUUUAGAAAACUUCCCUUUCAUGCACACACUGUUUAAUACAGAUGCACAGGGAGCUGGAGAGAUGGCUCAGAGGUUAAGAGCAUUGCCUGCUCUUCCAAAGGACCAGAGUUCGAUUCCCAGCAACCACAUGGUGGCUUACAACCAUCUGUAAUGAGGUCUGGUGCUCUUGCAGGCAUACACACAGACAGAAUAUAUUGUAUACAUAAUAAAUAAAUAAAAAAAAGAAAAAAAAUACAGAUGCACAACUCUUAGCACAGAGCUCUGUGGAAUGGCUCUGUUGAACCCUAACUCACAUAUCAGGUUGCCUAGUACAGACACAGAUGUGUAAUCAGUGACACUAUCUGCUCCCAGAACCUUAUCACCCUAGGAUGAAUUGCCUGCCUACCCCACCCCUGAACCCCCUUUCUGUUUCAGGAUUUGUGUUUUCUAGAAUAAUGGGGUCUGUCACCUUUUGUUUCUGCUUUUUUUUUUUUUUGAGAUGUGGUCUCUUCAUGUAGUUCUGACAUUCCUGGAGCUCAGAUGUAGACCAGGCUGGCCUCAGACUCACAGGGGUCCUCCUACCUCCACCACUUGAGUACUGGGAUUAAAGGAGUAAGGCCAUGUGCCACCACUCCUGGCUGAGUCCAGCACCUUUUGUUUCUAGCUUCUUUCCCUUUAUUUUAAGGUUCUUCCAUGUUGUAAUACAUACUAAUACUUCAUGUCCACCAAGCCAGCCUUACAGAGAAUUCUAGAAGUAAUACUUUGGACUGAAGAGAGGAAUACGCAUAGUUAAGAGACUACAGAAGGAAAAUAAGUGAAGCUGUAAUCACUGAAAUACAAAAUAGGGCGAAGAACACAAAAAGCAAAACAACAGUAACCAGCACUUUAAACGAUGACUCUAACGCCUCAGCUCCCCAGCCAAGAGCUGGGUAGUUCACUAGAUUAAGAACUCACCUCUGGUGGGCGGUGGUGGCGCACGCCUUUAAUCCCAGGCAGAGGCAGGCGGAUCUCUGUGGGUUUGAGGCCAGCCUGGUCUACAAGAUCUAGUUUCAGGACAGGCCCCAAAGCUACAGAAAAGCCCUGUCUCAAAAAAAGAGAGAGAAAGAGAGAAAAAAAGAAAAAGGAAAAAGAACUCACCUUCAAGUAAAGGAUGGAAAAAGUGCUCUGAACGAAUGGGAGCAGUGGCCUUUUUGUUGUUCUAAGACGGUGUCUCGCUGUGUGGUCCUGGUCUGCUGUACAAACCAGGUGGACCUUGAACUCAGAGAUCUGCCUGCUUCUGCCUUCCAAGUGGUGGAAUUAAAGCCAUGUGCCAUCUUGACAGGUCAGUACUGCUGUUUUAAUAUCUGACAAAAUAACAAUGGUGAUGGCACAUGCUAUUAAUCCUAGCACUUGGGAGGCAGAGGUGGAUCUCCAUGAGUUCAAGGCCAGUCUGGUCUACUUGGUGAUUUCCAGGACAGCCAGGGCUACACAAAGAAACCCUGUCUUGAAAAAGAUAUAUAUUUCAGACUAAAAUUAAUCAAAAGAGAUUAAGAAGGACACUUCAUUCUAAUCAAGAAGACAGUUGAUCAAGAAUACACUACAGUUCUGUAUGCACCAAACUCUGGCACACCCAAUUUCGUAAGAAAUAUACUGUUGAACUUAAAGACACAGAUUACUCUAGUUCAGUAUUAGUGAGUGAUUUCAUCACCCCACUUUGUCCAGUAGACAGGUCACCUGGAUGAAAACAAACAUGAGAAUUAAGUGAUAUCAUACAUCAAAUGGAACUAACAGAUAUGUACAGAAGGUCUCACCCAGACACUAAAGAAUAUACAUUCUACUAAGCAGGCCAUGAACACUUCUCUAAAACAGAUGGCAUAGGCCAGCAGGUGGUGGCACACCCCUUUAAUACAAGGACUUGGGAGAGAGAGGGAGACAGAUUUCUGAGUUCUAGGCCAGCCUGCUCUACAGAGUGAGUUCCAGGAGAGCCAGGUCUACACAGAGAGACCCUGUCUCAAUGUCUCCCCACAAAGAAAUGAGAAAAAAACAUAAAUGUCUUCCUGAUGUAAUUCAACGAUUUGGAAAAACAAGAACCCAAAUCCAAUAGAGAGGAAUAAAUAAUAAAAACAACAUAAAUUAAUGAAAUCAAAAGAAAACAAUACAAAAAUUUAAUGAUCCUAAAGCUGAUUCUUUAACAAGCUAUCAGAAAAUCCUUGCCCCAACUAACCAAAAGAAGCAAAGAUAAGAUUCAAAUGGAUAGAGUUAGAGUUGACCAGGGAAACCUCACAACAAAUACCAGUGGAGUUCAGAGAACUGUAAGGGAUCGAGCGCUUCAACCCGCUCUCCAUUAAGGUAGAGACUCUAGAAGUGGACAGGACGCGCAUAUGGUGCCCGUGUGCAAGCAAAACACCAUGCAGACUUCUUUUUAAAAGAAUUCUUUUAUGUUAUGGGUGUUUUACCUACAUGUAUGUGUGCACCAUGUUUAUCCUGGUUCUACAGAGGCUAGAAGAAGGGGUCAGAUCCCCUGGAAGUUACAGUUAUUAACUGUUUUGUGGGUGCUGGGAAUUGAAUCUGAGAUCUCUGGAAGAACAGCCAGUGUUCUUAACUGCUGAGUCAUCUUGUAUCUAGCCUCACAUCCUUCCUUCCCUCCCUCCCUCCCUCCCUCCCUCCCUCCCUUCCUCCGUCCUUCCUUCUUUCCUUUUCUUUUUCUUUGGAGCCUGUGCCAGAAAUCACUUUGUAGACCAGCCUGGCCUCCCUAGUACUGGGAUUAAAGGUGUGUGCCACCACAGCCCGGCCAUCAUUUUUCUUUUUUAAUGUUAGCAAUAUUAGUGAAAAGUAUACCUUAUGGUUUUGCUUUUCAUUUUGUUUAUUGGCCACUUGUAUCUGCUCAAAUAACUUCUCGUUUUCAGUUGGGUUGUCUUGUAGGAGUUUUUGUAGAUAUUUUAAACAUUGCAUCCCUAUAUAAUUUGCGAAUAUUUUCUCCUUGUCUUUUCACUUUCAUAGUGCCCUUUAAAGUUCUUAAUCUCCUUAAGUUACAGUGUGUGUGUGUGUGUGUGUGUGUGUGUGUAUGUAUGUACACGUAUGUAAGGAGGUCAGAAGACAGCCUUCAAAAGUCCAUUCUCUUCUUACACUAUAUGGAUUCUGGGGAGUGAUCAGGUCAGAAGGCUUAACAGCAGGUGCCUUUACUCACUGAACCAUCUCACUAGCCCUAAAGUUUUUCAUUUUAAUAAAAUUUAUUUAUAUAAUUUU